UUGAAGGUUUCAGAUAGUGGAAUUUGAAGUUGGCGAGUUCUAUGAGUUUGGUCCGGAAAAUGCAAAGCAUAUUUUUGCGAAAGUCGCGAAGGCUAACUGGACUGGUAACACUGCUCUGUUGCUUGCUCUUCAUCUAUAUAUUGCGGUUUUAUCAAGAUGAUCUCAGUAAAAAAUCGUUUAGCUCUGAGUUUGGAAGCGAAUUUGAUGGCAAAGUCACCUGCGAGGGAUUUACGUCUAAUCAGGUGCUGUUAACAACGCCCAAUAAAAUAAUUCUGUACGAUCUGAAAAGUGGGUUCUCGCGAAUAGUUCACGCCGGAGAUGGUCUCUACUACAAUUCUUUCAAAGGCCCGAACAGCAACGAUCCCGUCACCGGAAAAUGUCAGCCUACGCUAAUCGUAAACACAAGAAAGUACUACGAAAAGGGUACAGAGAAGAUCCCCGAUAAAAUCCUGAAGAUUGAUAUGUCAUCUGGCAAAAUUCUGCAGAGCCAUGCGCUGUCUUACUCGUUUUUCUCCCACGAUAUGGUCAAAUUUCAGGAUCUUCUGUUUUUGGCAGACACUGGACAUGGCUUUGUGUGGCUCAUUGACUUGAAGAGUUUUGACGCUAAGGAGAAACUGACGAUGUUCACUAAAGAGGAUCACAUCAAUAACCUCGGAAUAUGUAAUGACCUCCUAUUUGCCAUGCUGCACAGCCGCGGCGCCAGUGGAAUCGCUGUCGUUGAUCUGAAGACGAAAGAAACCAUCAUCAUGCGUGGAGUGGGAAACCAGGCACAUCAAAUCAUGUUUCUAAACUACAGACAAAUCUUGUAUCUGGACUCUGGACUUCCAGCGCUAAAGAUGUUUGACCUUGUGACUUGGAAAGUGUAUACUUUGUUCCAAUCGAGUGAAGAUCCGAAACGUUUCCUGAAAGGACUGUUUGUGAAAGACAAUGUCGCCUAUAUUGGAUCCACAGUCGCAGGUAGUCGUGCUUGGAGAAGAGAUCGUGACAACGAUGCUGAGCUGAUUGCAUUCGAUUUGAAGCUAUUUCAGGUAUUGUACAAGCGAAAAAUAGAUUCGGAUGGAAUCCUGAACACCAUUUCACAGCCGUUCUUGAGGGAAGACUCAGGAUUUAUGGCGAUCGAUUCUGAUUUGAUUGUACCGGACUCAAGAAUGGAGUUGCCACAAAGUUUGACCAUUGAACAGAGACAAACAGCACUUGAUGGGUCUAGAGGCGAGCUGUUGAGAAGAAUCAAAGGUGGUUUGGAAAUCAAAAUCACAGACGGAGCUCUAGGCGGCAACGCGAAACAAGAGUUACCAAAAGACUACAAGGAGAGAGAUAACAUCCCUAAUGUGAAAGACGCCCCUGUUGCGAAAAAGAAUGGAAACAAAGAGGUGGUCGUGUACGACAAAAGUGGACGCGACUUCUCAGAAGUGACACCUGAUAACUUGAUUGGAGGAGAGUGGCCUUCUGGAAUGAAGUUCAUUGACCUGAUGUGGAAAAGUCAAGAUAAGACCAUGGACUUGACGAGCAAAGUUGACCGCGCGGAAGACGUGCAAUUAAUAAUGGGAGAUCUAAAUGGUGGACAUCUGCCACUGAGGGAUAUGCUGAUGAAUCUACCCAUAGAACAGUGGGAGUACAAACACCAGAAAGGAAACGCCUUCUUGGGCGAGCGCGAAGGAGUCAUGCAGAAGUUCAAACCAGGUGUGCGUGACAUCAAAUUCGUUUUCUCAGAUAUUAAUGCCGAAAACAGCUACUGGUUCCCCUGGUACUUUAAGUUUGAAAAGGCACUAAAGCCUAUCUUGGACAAAGUGUUGGGAGAAAAUAUGACUCAUCAUGUUGCUAGAAUGCAACUGGCUCGUAUGGCAAACGACGCAGAGAUUAAACCACAUGUUGAUAGUGGUGGAUGGCCGAGUAAGUUGCAUCGAAUCCACGUUCCGAUCAUCGUGCCAUCGGGAACUGUGUUCAGUGUUGUUGGAAGACAUGGUCACGACCAUAGUUACAGUAUCCGACUAGUCGAAGGCGAAGUAUUCGAGAUCAACAACCGUGUGAUGCACUGGGUGAAGAACCCGUCCGAUCCGAGAAUACACCUUUUGAUUGAUGCACGAGAAAGGCCUUACAUUCCUAAGUAUCUGGCACCCGGACAGGAGUGCAAAUAUCUGAGGGAGAUCGUGUGCGAUGAGCCCACGAUCACUAAAGAAAAGGCAUAUGCACUGUAUCAGCAACAUCAGCAACAGCUAUCACAAGCAUAGAUCGCAUAAUAAACUCAAAUUCACUUUUAAAAUGAGCUCAUGUUAUUAAGUUAUAAUUUCGGCUCUUGGUCUGGUAUUUAAUGACUCCAAAGCUAAUUAUGGAUGUUUUUAAGAUUGGAUGCUAAGGGAAGUUUUUAAAUUGUUAACAUGAGGUACUAUUCAUUAUUGCACAAAAAACUGCUGAUGAAAAUUUUGAGCCACAUAAAAGUCUAAUUGAAAUGUCUGCAGAUGUUUUGCUAUAUUCGGAAUUCUUUGUAAGAUUAGUUGACAUAUUGUAAAGUGUUAUUAUCCGUUUACUGUUGUCUUUUCAUCAUUUUUUCAUGCUUCAUUCCAACCGGUGCUCCUAGUAUAUUAUCUUUUUUUCCAUGAUUUAAGUACGACUCGAGGGAAUUUAAUGGCAAACAAGCUAAGCUCAGUGAAAACUGUUUAGUGUUCAAAGUUGAAAUGUUAUUUGCUAACAGGAAAUGAACUUACUGCAGAAAUUAUAGCUAGUAAAGCUUUACUACAAAUUAUGAAUGCAAAAUUCACUAUUGAAGGUAGCUAUUCGUGAUUGGAGUUUAACAGAGGAUUUAUGUGAGAAAAAUUUUUCCAAAUAAAUACUAUUGAUAGAUAUAUAAAAUUUGAUUGGAAUAUGAAAUUCAUGCGUAUUAGUUGGUUGUGCUUCAGCCUGUUCCUUGUCCAAUUGUUCCAAAAAAGAAAAUUAUUUGAUAGCAAUUUCACAAGGUUCACGUGGUGACAAACUUGUAAAUAUUCGAUUAUAGAUGCUGUUUAUAUUUUAAUUUUUCGCUGUUCAUUCAAUUUUCCCUAAAAAUUAAAUGCCUUAUUAUUCU